AUGACGGUGGCGCGUGAGCUCAUUUCGCUCGAGGAUGUUGCCAAGAUGCCGGCACCAGGACUUUGUACGCCUGCUAGUGUGAGCUUUAGUCCGGAUGGCCGAAUUGUGGCCUUCUUGCAUGCCUCAGGGUCGCAGAGCAGUCUGUCCCGCCAACUGUACGCACUGGACGUGGCCUCACGUCGUGUAUACCUCUUGGCGGCCCCUCCUGAUCAGGGAAAUACUGAGGGAAAUCUCAGUCUAGUGGAGAAGUUGCGACGCGAGCGCCAACGCCAGAUGGGGGUCGGAAUCACAUCAUACGCGUGGAAUCCAACACCUCUCUCUCAUCGCCUGUUAUAUCCACUUCAAGGUAAUAUUUACUUGCAAGAGCAGCCAGGAGCCGAGCUAAAGCUUCUUUUUGACAAAAAAUCAACUUGUGUUGCUGGGGGCGCCAUUGAUCCACAGUUUUCGCCCGACGGGAGGUGGGUUGCUUUUGUACAGGACAAGGAAUUAUACGUGAUUUCAAGCCAAGUGACAGAGGGCGGACAGCAGGCUGUACAGUUGACGCAAGGAGCUCGAGGUGUCGAUGGCAAAUCGAAUGGACUCGCAUGUUUUUUGACCCAGGAGGAAUUGAGUCGGUUUCGCGGAUUUUGGUGGUCACCCGACAGCACGCGUCUUGCAUUUGAAGAGAUUGAUGAGAGUCACAUCCCAAAGUUUAGAAUUAUGCAUUCGGGUAGCAGUGUGCCGACGGGAGACGCCGCACAAGAAGAUCACCGCUAUCCGUUCGCAGGUGCUGCGAACCCAAAGAGAAGACUGGGGGUUAUUCGAUUGCCACAUGUAGAGUAUGACUUGCACUCUCAGAAACAGUCUCAUGCAAUUCCCACACCUGUUUGGAUGGACUUUGCGAUUGAAGAUAUGGAUUAUUAUAUCUCUAGAGUCAAUUGGCUGCCAGAUCAGUCACUUGGAGUACAAAUAUUUAACCGAUUGCAGACAGAAGUCACAUUUCUUCGUACUGAUGUGCAUACGGGACGUGCCACGACCUUAAUACAUGAAACGAAUUCUGUGUGGCAGAAUGCGAAUUACCUCUUUCGGAAUAUUGAAGCAGAAAGCAAGAACGCGUUUCGAUUCUUGUGGGGCUCUGAGCGUAGUGGAUUCAUGCAUCUGUAUCUGAAAAUCUAUGCAUCUAAAUAA